AUGAUUCAAAUUUUGUUUGCACUUGUGUUGGCCGAAAUGGCAUUGAUUCUGAGUCUUCUGUUCAGAACCCCUCUAAGGACGUUGGUGAUCGUAGGGUUAGAUCGAUCGAAGCAAGGAAGGGGGCCAUUGGUGGCGAAGAGCGUGGGAGGAACUGUCCUCGUCUUCUUUAGCUCUACCCUAUAUGGUGUGUUCAGUGUUCAGAGACGUUUAACAGAGGCAGGCUUUGUCAAUCCAACUGAUGAGGUUUUAAUGGCACAUCGACUCUUAGAAGCAUCUCUUAUAGGGUUUUCUUUAUUCCUUGUACUGAUCAUAGAUAGACUACACUAUUAUAUCAAAGAGCUCAAUCUGCUCAGAAAAUUCAGUGAAGAAGUUAAGAAUCUGAAAAAUGAUUAUGAGCAAAGGAAGAAUGCUGAUGCAGAAAUGAAGAAAACAGAGAUUAAGCAACCGAAACUCCAAAAGCUGAAAUCGGAAGAAUAG